UGUCAUGCACAUGCAGGCCAAAGGAACCACCGACUACAAGUCUGGUUUCACCUUUGCCUUUGAGCAGCUUCUGAACGAGACAGGUGCCCCCAGGGCCAACUGCAAUAAGAUGAUAAUGAUGUUUACAGAUGGCGGGGAGGAUCGUGCACAGGAAAUCUUUGAGAAGUACAACUGGCCCAACAAAACGGUUCGAGUUUUCACUUUUUCUGUCGGUCAGCACAAUUAUGAUGUUACACCUUUGCAGUGGAUAGCAUGUGCUAACAAAGGUAAGAAGUUACAUUUUAAAGUCCCACUCUACUGGAAAUUGUGUUUUUAUAUGUUUUUGUUGCAUUUUUGUCGUAAUUGAAUUUUUUUAGUAUGUCUUCACUUAAGUUGUGAGGAAUCAAGAGCAGAUGAAAAAUGCUGCUUGGAAAAGUUCUC